UUUUACUUCGCUCUCCUGGAGCCCAGACAAUCGACUCGCAACUCGCCCCCCCGCACACACACCUCCAUCGCCCCGUGCUUCUGCACCUCCGCCGGUACCGGGAGAUCCCCCCCGCCCUGAGCCUCCUGAGAGGAGAAAAAAAACCCAAGGAAACAACAAAAAAAAAAAGAGAGAAAAAGGGGGCAAAACAAUAGAAGAGAGAGGGGGGAAGAGACAGGGGAGGAGGAGAGCAAAAAAAAAGCAGAGAAAAAGACUGCUGCAAAGCUGAUCUGAACAGCAAAGCAAACAAACUUUGAAAAUAAAGGGGGAACAGGAAGUUUGGCAACGGUGUCCCAUAGAUAUGGCAAUGGUAGUCGGUGCGUGGCGAGACCCCCAGGACGAUGUGCCCGGAGCUCAGGGAACGCAGCCUUCGCAAGCGCCGCCGGUGCAGGGACCCCCGGCCGGGGCCCCGCACACCCCGCAGACCCCGGGCCCCGGCGGCCCCCCCAGCACGCCGGCCCAGCCCAACCCGCCGAGCCAGCAGAGCCAAGGAGACAAGCAGCAGCAGCAGCAGCACAUUGAGUGUGUGGUUUGUGGGGACAAGUCUAGUGGCAAACAUUAUGGCCAGUUUACCUGCGAGGGUUGCAAGAGUUUCUUCAAGCGGAGUGUAAGGAGGAAUCUCAGCUACACUUGUCGUGCCAACAGGAACUGUCCCAUUGACCAGCACCACCGCAAUCAGUGUCAGUACUGCCGCCUCAAAAAAUGCCUCAAAGUUGGCAUGAGACGGGAAGCGGUCCAGAGGGGCAGAAUGCCACCCACACAGCCAACUCAUGGUCAGUUCGCCUUGACAAAUGGGGACCCUCUCAACUGCCAUUCCUACCUAUCCGGAUAUAUCUCCCUUCUUCUGAGAGCAGAGCCCUACCCCACCUCCCGCUUUGGCAGUCAGUGCAUGCAACCCAACAACAUCAUGGGCAUCGAGAACAUUUGUGAACUGGCAGCUAGGAUGCUCUUCAGCGCGGUGGAGUGGGCCAGGAAUAUCCCCUUCUUCCCAGACCUCCAGAUCACAGACCAGGUGGCCCUCCUGAGGCUGACCUGGAGCGAGUUGUUUGUCCUCAACGCUGCCCAGUGCUCCAUGCCCCUCCACGUAGCUCCGCUCCUGGCAGCUGCCGGCCUCCACGCUUCGCCAAUGUCUGCUGACCGAGUGGUCGCCUUUAUGGACCACAUACGAAUCUUCCAAGAGCAAGUAGAAAAACUGAAAGCAUUGCAUGUCGACUCCGCAGAAUAUAGCUGUUUAAAGGCCAUAGUCCUCUUCACCUCAGAUGCCUGUGGUCUCUCUGAUGUAGCCCAUGUUGAAAGUUUACAGGAGAAGUCACAGUGUGCUUUGGAAGAGUAUGUUAGGAGCCAGUAUCCCAACCAGCCAACACGAUUCGGGAAGCUAUUACUACGUCUCCCCUCCCUUCGCACUGUCUCCUCUUCUGUCAUAGAGCAAUUGUUUUUCGUCCGUUUGGUAGGUAAAACCCCCAUAGAAACCCUAAUCAGGGAUAUGUUACUGUCUGGCAGCAGUUUUAACUGGCCUUAUAUGUCCAUUCAAUAAAAUAUUCGAGAGAAAAAAAGAAAAGAAAAAAAAAAUCUUAAAAAAAAAAUUUAAAAGAAAAAAUUGAGAAGGGCGAUGAAAGAGAGUGAAAGGAAAGCAAAUGACAUUUGGGUUCUGGUUGUUACUUAAAUUUCCUUCUGCUAAGAAAGGAUGUAAAAGGAUGUUACAAGUUUGCUAAGAGAAGACAGGAAAAAAAAUUAAUGGACUGUGAAUUAAAAAAACAAAACAAAACAAAAGGAGAGACUGUCAAAUGAACUUUUACAGAAUGCAUUAAAAACUCCCGUGUCGUUCCGAAAAAAAAACUUGCUACUUCUCAUUUUUUGUAAAAAAUUCAAAAAUAAAGAGAGAAAGAAAAAAGAAAGAAAGAAAAAGGAGAAAGAAGAAGCGAGGAAGUGAUGUUGGGCUUUUUCUUUUUUUCUUUUUUCUUCCUUUUUUUUUUUUUCUUUUUCUGGGGUAAACUUUUUAAAAAAAUCUCGCUUAAAGUGCAUUUAAAGGAAAUUUGGAGAAAAAAAAUUAGCAGAACGGAAGAAAGUAAGUCUUUUUUUUCCAAAUUAUUAAUUGUCCUAUGUGUCUAUGUACCUAUAGCUGUUCUUUUUUGUAUUUUUCUGGUUUCAAACCAGUUUAUUCUGUGGUUCUAUAAUAAUUUUUGAUAUAACCUUGGCUUCUUUAAAAAAAAUAAAUAAACUGUGUAUCCUUAAAAUAUAUGUUCUGAAAGAAUUAAAACUGAGUCCAUGAAAGUAUCAUAGGAAGAAAGGAAAAGAGAAAAAAAACCCUCAACAACACAAUGAUGGAAGCGCACUUAAGGUGGUGACCCAAAAUCUAGCUUGAAGCUGAGAGAGCUAUAAUUAUAUAGACCCGAAUGAACCACACGUGUCAUAUAAACUACCCCCAAUCUAAGUUUUUUGAUAUUCGGUCAGAAAAUGAACUGUGGGGAUUUAUUAUAGGUAGAAGGAAUUUGUGUCCAAGACACAUUACGGUUUUUGAUUUAAAAAACAAAAAAAAAGGAAAAAAAAAAAACAAACCAAAACCAAGCAAAGUGAACUUUUGUAAUUUGAAUUGGGUUCCACAUAGUUCAUCAUGAAUUGUUAUUAAACUCCUCUAUCUGUUUGUAUAUUUGCAAGCCCUUUGUAUUAUAAUAAUUGUUGAUAUUUUCCCUUUUUAAAAAAUACCAUUGAAAUCAGCAUGACAAAAUAACACUGUUGGCACUUAUAGAUAACGUGAUUGAUUCAGUAUCUUAGAGUUUACAGUUUUGUGUUUAAAAAAAAAACUGAAGGUUUUUUUUUCUUUUUUUAAGUGCAACAUUUCUGUAUACUGUAAAAGUUAUAAUAACUGAACUGUUUGGUCGAGUCUUUGUGUGUUAUAUUCCAAGGAAAAUUGAAAGUAUUCAGAAAUUAAAAUAUUAUUUGAUAUCUGAAACUUGUUUGGCUGUCAUAAAUGUCUUUCAGAAACCGCAUUACUUCUCUCUAGUUUGCAGUCAUUUAAGUCCAUAGGCGAUUGAUUUGUUUACUUGUCACAGUAAGUUUGUAGCAGAUGUAUUGUAGUGUAUUUACCUGUUUAAUUCCGGGAUGGGGGCGGAGGACUUAAGUUCGUGGUUUAUCUCUGGUUUUAGGAAGUACUAUGCUGAAAUGGUAAACCAUCAACCCCCAUUCAUCUAAUCCUCCUGUUAAUUAAAAAUGGAUUUUCUGGGGUAAAAAAAAAAAAAAAAAAAAAAAAAAGGCCCUUAUUUUUGUCACACUUAAGUGCCUGCGUAGGAGAGGUAUUGUUGUGAAAAAGUAUUAGAAAUCUGGAGAUCAGUAUCUAUUUUAUGAUCAGAAUGGGGCGAAAAAACCUUUUGUAAAUGUCUGACAUAGGCGCACAAGAUCAUUCAAGCAAGGUAAUAGCAGUAUUGUAAAUAUAGGUCAGUUGUUUGCAAUGAG